UAUAUAAAUAUUUAUACAGAAGUUAAGAAAGAAAAAGACGAAGAAUAAAGUUACGAAGAUAGUAAUGUGUUAAAAGGAAUGGUAAUCAGCUAUGAACUAUGGGGGCUCAACAAACCAAGGACAGGAUUAUUACGCCCGGGACCACCGUCAGACAAACUCGAAAACAACCUAGAAAUCCCAAGGACUCCCGUACUAUGGGCUCGAAUAUCUUUACUGAACACAGUGAAGCAUUACUUCAAAGUAGACCGCUUCCACAUAUACCUGCUUUGCCAGAGGGUGAUCCACCAAAUUCAAAUGUUCAGUGUGUUUCACAACAAUCUAAUUUAGAUCAGCAUGUUUCUGUAACAAGUGGUGGCCUUCUUGAAGCAGCAAAUAGAUGGACCAGUAAGGAAAAUCUUUUAGCUCAAGAAGAAGAUGAUCCCCAACUCUUUGUUGCUUUAUAUGAUUUCCAAGCAGGCGGGGAAAAUCAACUAGGUUUAAAGAAAGGUGAACAAGUUCGUAUACUAAGUUAUAACAAAAGUGGAGAAUGGUGUGAAGCUCAUUCAACUAAUGGACAAGUUGGUUGGGUACCCUCUAAUUAUGUAACUCCGGUUAAUUCAUUGGAAAAACAUUCUUGGUAUCAUGGUAGAAUAUCAAGAAAUGCCGCUGAAUACCUCUUAAGUUCAGGUAUCAAUGGAAGUUUUCUUGUUCGUGAAUCAGAAAGUAGUCCUGGACAGCGUAGUAUUUCACUGCGAUACGAAGGACGAGUAUAUCAUUAUAGAAUUAAUGAAGAUACUGAUGGAAAGAUGUAUGUAACAACUGAGAGUAUUUUUAAUACAUUAGCAGAAUUGGUACAUCAUCAUUCAAUGCUUGCAGAUGGUCUUAUUACUCAACUUUUGUAUCCAGCACCAAAACGUAAUAAACCAACAGUUUUUCCUCUGAGUCCAGAACCUGAUGAAUGGGAAAUUAAUAGAACUGAUAUUGUUAUGAGGCAUAAAUUAGGUGGAGGACAAUAUGGUGAUGUGUAUGAAGCUGUAUGGAAAAGGUAUAAUAUGACUGUUGCAGUAAAAACUCUUAAGGAAGAUACUAUGGCAUUAAAAGAUUUUUUAGAAGAAGCAGCAAUUAUGAAAGAAAUGAAACACAGAAAUUUAGUACAAUUAAUAGGUGUAUGUACAAGAGAACCACCAUUUUACAUUAUAACUGAAUUUAUGAGUAAAGGAAAUUUAUUAGAUUAUUUACGUAAUGAAAGUAAACACCAAAUUAAUGCUGUAGUUUUAAUGCAUAUGGCAACGCAAAUUGCAAGUGGAAUGAGUUACCUGGAAAGUAGAAAUUUCAUUCAUAGGGACUUAGCUGCAAGAAAUUGUUUAGUAGGAGAAAAUCAUUUAGUUAAAGUAGCCGAUUUUGGUUUGGCUCGACUCAUGAGGGAUGAUACAUAUACUGCACAUGCUGGUGCAAAAUUUCCAAUUAAAUGGACUGCUCCUGAAGGGUUAGCUUACAAUAAAUUUUCUACAAAGUCUGACGUAUGGGCAUUCGGAAUUCUUUUAUGGGAAAUUGCAACAUAUGGCAUGUCUCCAUAUCCUGGAGUUGAUUUAACCGAUGUGUAUCAUAUGUUAGAGAAAGGUUACAGAAUGGAAUGUCCCCCUGGUUGUCCACCAAAAGUUUAUGAACUUAUGCGACAAUGUUGGCAGUGGUCUGCUUUAGAUAGGCCAACAUUUAAGGAAAUUCAUCAUUCAUUAGAAAAUAUGUUUCAAGAAUCAAGUAUUACAGAAGAAGUUGAAAAGCAAUUACAAGGCAAUAUUGGACCAAGUCAUCUUUUAUCUUCUAAUAAAUCACAAAGUGGUAGUUUAAACAAUAUUCAUGGACUUGUAUCUGAACAACAUGUUUGCAGUAUUAAUCAAGAAACUACAAGUUCAAUUGCUAAAUUAAGUACAUUUAUGGGAGGUUUUUCAAAUAAAGGAAAUAGUAGCAUUGUGCAAAUGAGACGUUCAACAAACAAAAAGGGAAAGCAAGCACCUGCUCCACCAAAGCGUACAAGCCUUCUAUCAUCCUCUAAUUCAUUUCGAGAUUCUGCAUAUCAGGAGCAGGAUCAUCAGAAUACAGAUAUACCUAAUAAUGUGUUGCUCGAUGGAACUGAUCUAAAUGCUAUUGACAAGAUUUUUCAAGGAGUGACACGUGAUCUAGUGACAAUGGCCAGUCAAUCAAGUACUGGAGGAAGUUGGGAUAUAGAACAGGAUGGUGAUGGUUCACAAGGUACAAUGGAAUCAAAUUUCAUUCAACCAUCAACUUCAUCAGAAUCACUAUCCAACCAUAAACAAGUAAAAGUACGCACCUGCAGUUCUAAGGAUGCACUAUCACAGAAGCUGGUCCAUGUGGGAGCCUUAGAGGUGCAAAAUGUUAAAAGAGCAAUUCAUCGUUAUGGUACACUACCGAAAAAUGCAAGGAUAGGAGCCUAUCUUGAAUCUUUACGUCAGAGUGGUAUGCCGCCAAAUCAUGAAAACAUUAGUACACUGUUGUCACCGUCGAUUUGUUCUUCUAUGGUAGAACAAGAACAAACAUCUGAAGCACUAGCAACAAUUAAUAUUGUUGAAAUACAACAGCAUCGCUCGCUUUCACCACGUCAAAAUAAAUUACGUAAUCAGACGCAAAUGACGCGUAGUAAUUCCGCGAGCGGCGUUGUCAAUACUUAUCAGCCACCAAAUUCACCACGUAAUCAUAAUACUAUUGGAUCAUGCCGUAAAAACAAUACGAAUAAUAAUAAUAAUACUCUAGACAGUUGUAACUUAACGACAUUUCGUGCACCUUUAAGUACUUGGAUUUUCAGAACUACGAGCCCUUCAAAACACAGUCAACCAAGUCUUGCAGAUCUUGAAUUUCCUCCACCUCCAUUGGAUUUGCCUCCUCCAUCUUCUGAGUUGCUUAAUUCCCGAGAACCAUCUGACUUGCUUUUGCCGCAAACUAACUCGUCAAAUAGUCAACCUCGAAAUACUACAUCUUUAUUAUCUCCUUGCAAUUUCAGAAAAGUAUCAAAAUUCGAGCGCCGUUUAAAAGAGGAGUCAAUUUUAAAUGAUGAGCAGGAUGAGCAAAACAGUGAUCUCAAAACAAUUGAACCCUCGCCCAACGAAGCUAGUUCAAGAUUUGGUGUGAAUUUAAGAAAACGGGAACUUGAGCAACAGCAGCAGCAGAGUGAAUCUAAAUCGGUAGAUGUUUGUAAUGAAAUCUUAUACAAAGACGAAAUCGAACCACUGCCGUUACCACCACCUUCACCAUCUCCUACUGUCAUUGAUAAUGUAAGUGAAUUUCAAGAAAGUAAGCAUAAUGGUAAUUUUGAUACCUAUUCUUCAAAACCUGGUAUGAAAGAAAUGCUAGAAUUAAAACUUAUUAAUGAAAUCAAACAAAGUUGUGAUACAAAGUCAAGUGAUAUUUUCAGGAGAGUAAACUUAACUAGUAGUAGUGUAACGUCGUUGGAUCCAGCAUCACAAUUAUUGUCCGAGCUUUGUGCUAAUUUUAGUGCUGAUGCAGUAAGACAGAGCGAGUAUGCGGUUACGAGUGUCGAUCUUGAAUUAAAGGAGCUUCAAUCCACAGUUGUUUCACCGCUCACCGAAAAUACAACUACUUUAGGCUUUAAAUUGAAACAUUUAGAUUGGCGAGUAAAUACUCAAUCAUCAAGAGAAGAGAAUAUGGAUGGACAAAUAAUUGACUUUAAAGCACGAUUACGGAAGAUUGAUAAUGCUCUUGAUAAAUCAACAUCGUUACCUAUAGAUUUCGAUGAAAAGUCUGGUAAACGCUCAGGUGAUGAGAAAACAAAUGGCAUUGACUCGUUAGAUUGUUUAUCAGAUGAACAAUUAGAUGAUAAAAGACAGAGCACCGGCAGUAUUAGUAGCCUCAAGAAGCUUUGGGAAAACAAGGAAAUGAACAGUAUAGAAACAAGCAAUAUCGAGGUUGGAACUCAAACAACAGUUCCAACAAGUCCGAAACUUGGAACUGGUAUUCGCUGCCCUAUAGUCCGACUCGACUCAGCUGCAGAUCCAGUCGAGGAUUCACCAGAAGAUCGCAGUGGUGCAUCAACGCGUAGCUCUUCAACAACGAAAAGUGACAUUCGAUUGCAGUGGCCACUAGAGUAUGAAAAACCUCUUGUACCAGCUCGUCCAGUAAAAUCUCACUGUGUUCUCACUAAGCAUUUUGGCACUUCAAUUUAUGCUACGCCAAACUGCCAAAGGAGCAGUCCUGAAGAGGAUCAACAACAACAAUCUCUGAUAAAACAAAGCUCAGACAUUGGAUUGCGAUUUAGUUACGAUAAACAAAAUAUUCUAGAAGUAGCCAGUGCUAUUGACAACAACAUAAUUAAUCUAAAGGGUAAUCCCAGUAUAGUAAUGACUAGCUGGCUACAACUGUCUGAUAAGAUUGGAUUGUUACACAGCAUGUGUUCGAAUUAUACACAAGAGGCAAAUAUGCCAGCCCACGCUAAAUUCCAUUUUCGUGAUGUUAUUUCCAGAUUCGAAUUACAAGCCUGUCAACUAAAAGCUGCAGGGGCACGUAAUAUUACUGAGAAUACAAGGUUACUCACAGACUUGCAAAGUACAAUAAAGGAUGUAGCUAAUAUGCUACAAAGAUAAAUGCACCUACACUUUCAAAUAUAAACAUACUUUUAUGAGAGCUUAUAUUAUUCACUCGAUUACAUACUCGUCAAUAACAAUAAAAAAAUAUAUUAAAAAAAAAUUGCACAAAUGAAGGAAAAAUCGAGUAAUA